AUGAACAUGAUGAGCUCAUUCCAACAAGGACAAUCACUGGACACAGAAUGUGUGUCGACUACAGGAAAGCUGAACUCCUCUACACGCAAGGACCACUACCCCUUGCCAUUCAUAGACCAGAUGCUUGAGCGCCUUGCCAAUCAUCAAUACUACUGUUUCUUGGAUGGAUACUCAGGAUUUUUCCAAAUUCCAAUCCACCCAGAUGAUCAGGAGAAGACUACAUUCACUUGUCCCUAUGGCACAUAUGCUUAUAGGAGAAUGCCUUUUGGAUUGUGCAAUGCUCCAGCUACAUUCCAAAGAGUGCUACAGAGAUGUGAAGACAAGCACCUAGUUCUAAAUUGGGAGAAGUGCCAUUUUAUGGUUAGAGAUGGAAUAGUGCUUGGACAUAGAAUCUCAGAGAGAGGCAUAGAAGUUGACAAGGCCAAGAUUGAAGUAAUGACAAACCUUCAGCCGCCCAAGACAGUCAAAGAUAUCAGAAGCUUCCUAGGACAUGCUGGGUUCUACAGGAGGUUCAUUAAAGAUUUCUCACAGAUAGCAAGGCCGCUAACACGCCUAUUAUGCAAGGAUAUUAACUUUGAGUUCACAGAGGAGUGUCACAAGGCUUUCACUAAGAUCAAAGAGGCAUUGGUCAGUGCGCCAGUGGUUCAACCUCCAAACUGGGAACUACCUUUUGAGAUAAUGUGUGAUGCAAGUGAUUAUGCAGUAGGAGCAGUGCUUGGACAAAGAAAAGACAAGAAGCUACAUGUGAUCUACUAUGCCAGCAGAACACUUGAUGAGGCACAAUGCAAGUAUGCCACAACAGAAAAGGAGCUUCUUGCUAUUGUCUUUGCAUUUGAGAAAUUUCGAUCAUAUGCCAAGACAAGAUUGCUGAGAUGGAUACUACUAUUGCAAGAAUUUGAUCUUGAGAUCAAGGAUAGAAGAGGAGCAGAUAAUGGAGUAGCUGAUCACCUUUCAAGGAUGAGAGUUGAAGAAAAUCUACCCUUGAUGAUAGGCUACCUGAAGAAUCAGUUUAUGCAGCUGAAGCUAGCAAUAAGCAUGGACAACUAA